AUGGCGUUGAGCCUGACGGCUUCAAUUUCCUUGCCGGCUGACACCGCAGCCUUUCGCACAGUGCCGGAUGUUAUGGCCGUAGCCCUAUCUGCGCAGUCGGUGCUCCUGGUGGACGGUCAAAAGAGUAGGGCCGAGUUCGAAGUGAUGAGAGCCGCAAUGGAGAGUGCGCGAGCUGAAGCAGAGGAGGAGAGGGCUCGCUCAGCUGAACAGCUCCGCUUUGAUGCUGAGAGUAGGGCAAAUGCGAGCGAAGAAUCGCUUAAGUUAGCCAAGAAGGCGCUUGCUGAGGUGAAUGUUCAGUUAGAGGAGCUCAAUGUGGCCAAGAAAAAAGCCGAUUCUGAGGCUUCUGCGGCAUUUGAGGAAGGAAAAAGGGCCGCCUACACGGAAUAUACGGUUGGCAGGAUCGUGGACCUAGGCCGCCGCCUGCAUGAUGCCCUUGGCAGGAUUGAUCGUUUGCAAAUGGAGGUGGAUGGUCAAAAGAGUAGGGCCGAGUUCGAAGUGAUGAGAGCCGCAAUGGAGAGUGCGCGGGCUGAAGCAGAGGAGGAGAGGGCUCGCUCAGCUGAACAGCUCCGCUUUGACGCUGAGAGUAGGGAAAAUGCGAGCGAAGAAUCGCUUAAGUUAGCCAAGAAGGCGCUUGCUGAGGUGAAGGUUCAGUUAGAGGAGCUCAAUGCGGCCAAGGAAAAAGCCGAUUCUGAGGCUUCUGCGGCAUUUGAGGCAGGAAAAAGGGCCGCCUACACGGAAUAUAGGGAGAUCUAG